AUAACUGACAGCCGACUACCAUGGCACCCUCAGCUUCCAAACAAAAGCGCCUCGCUGAAAAAGCAGCCAAAAAGGCCGCUGGUGGUACCGGUGCCUCCACAUCAACGUCUACGCCGUCGGGGUCAGUCAAUGGCGGAAGCAGUGUCAAUACCCCAAUUACCAGCAUGAGCGCUGCCACGAGCCAGGAGGAUCUCACUUCGAUGGCGAAGCUUAAUAUUGCUACGGAAAGGAGCGCAGCGGGGGUACUCGUAUCCGAUGUGAAAGCCCGAGACAUCAAGAUAGAUUCGUAUACUCUUUCUUUCCAUGGACGUCUUCUUGUCGAGAAUGCAGAGAUAGCACUCAACUAUGGCCAACGAUACGGUCUGUUGGGUGAAAAUGGCUCCGGCAAGUCGACGUUCCUCCAAUCCAUUGCCGAGCGUGACAUAGAAAUACCGCAACACAUCGAUAUUUACCUUGUACGUGGUGAGGCCGAACCGUCAGAGGUCAACGCCGUCGAUUUCAUCGUUGCUUCCGCCAAACAAAAGGUCGCCAAGCUCGAGGCAUAUAUAGAAGAGCUUUCUGUUGCAGAUGAUGUCGAUGAAGUCGCACUCGAUGCUGCGUACGAGGAGCUUGAGGAGCUUGACCCCAAUACCUUCGAGACCAAAGCGGGAAGUAUUCUCCACGGUCUUGGAUUCUCUCAAGCUAUGAUGAAGAAACCUACAAAAGACAUGAGUGGUGGUUGGCGGAUGCGUGUGGCUCUCGCUCGAGCGCUCUUCGUCAAGCCGCAUCUACUUCUGCUUGAUGAACCCACUAACCACCUCGAUCUCGGUGCUGUGGUGUGGCUCGAAGCCUACCUUUCGACGUAUAACCACAUCCUCGUGAUCACAUCACACUCCCAGGAUUUUAUGGACUCCGUCUGCACGAACAUCAUGGAUUUGACGCCGAAGAAGAAACUGGUCUACUACACGGGUAACUAUACUGUGUAUGUACGAACAAAGAAGGAAAACGAAGUCAACCAAAUGAAGGCAUACAAUAAGCAGCAGGAAGAAAUUCUGCAUAUUAAAAAAUUCAUCGCCUCUGCUGGUACCUAUGCUAACCUUGUGCGCCAAGCAAAAUCCAAGCAAAAGAUCCUCGACAAGAUGGAAGCCGCUGGAUUGGUCGAGAAAAUUGAGAUGCCCAAGCCUUUGCGUUUCAACUUUGAGGAUAUCCGGAAACUCCCGCCGCCUAUCAUCGCAUUCGAUGAUGUCGCUUUCUCGUACUCGGGUAAGAAGGAGGAUUAUCUCUAUGAAGGUCUAUCGUUCGGUAUAGACAUGGAUUCUCGAGUAGCCAUCCUCGGUGCGAACGGCGCUGGUAAAUCAACGCUGUUGCAUUUGAUCACCGGAGUGCUUCAGCCGUCGCAGGGAACUAUCUCCAAACAUGCCGCUUUGAAACUAGCAAAGUAUUCGCAACACAGCGCGGAUCAGUUACCCUAUGACAAAUGCCCAAUUGAAUACUUCCAAGAGUUAUUUAGCCAGAAGUUCCCAGAGAAGGAUAUCCAAGCAUGGCGAGCACAGCUAGGUCGUUUCGGUUUGUCAGGAAGCCAUCAGACAUCGCCAAUCCGGCAACUUUCAGACGGUCUGAGAAAUCGGGUGGUAUUCGCCCAACUAGCCAUGGAGCACCCACACAUCCUGCUGCUGGAUGAACCUACCAAUCAUUUGGAUAUGGAAUCCAUCGAUGCUUUGGCCAAGGCCAUUAAAGAAUUUGAAGGAGGAGUGGUUAUCGUAUCCCACGAUUUCCGUUUGAUCUCUCAAGUAGCCGAAGAACUAUGGGAGGUGGCAAAUAAGACCAUCAAGAAUUUGACGAAGGAGGACAUCAGCAUCGUUGAUUACAAGAAGAACUUGGUUCGACAAAGUAAUGCCGCUAUCGAGAAGGCGAAAUUGUUCAGCAAAACUGCACCCAAAGGCAAAACUUAAAUGGGCGUCUGUUGUAUUGUUACGAUUGUUGACGAUUGCAUGUGCAUGUGGUAUACUUUUACAUACAAUACAUACUAUAUAGACUUCAUAGAGCAGUGGCCAAAGUGAAUGAUAGGGUGAUGAAUAUAUAGCUUCAAAAAUUUCCCAUAGUGACGACAUUUACUAAAGUUUCAAGACGCAGGUAAAGAAUAACAGUGCUAAGGAUACGUGGAGGUUGAUACAAGAUUUGUUUGAUUUGACUUCAUUACUUGACUACUUAGGCGAGCCCCAAAAUCCCACUAGACCUAUACACCACUAAACCCUUUGCCCCUGUUAUCAACCGCCACUGUUCCUCUCGCCGAGUUCGUAGUACUGAACGUUGAACCCUGCACGCCCUCCGUG